AUGAUUACAACAUGUCAAUUGAAUGCGUUAGCUCAUUUACUCGAAAAAACACCUAAUCUUCGACGACUUAAUGUCAAUAUUACGUCUAAUGGUAACAGUGAUGAUGAUAAACAAAUGCAAGUGGUUCAUUCAUCGAUCACUACCCUGACACUCUUGUUUCAUCCUUCGAUAGAAAAAAUGCAAAAUUUAUUUCGAAUAGUGCCCAAUUUAUUUCAUUUAACAAUCAAUACAACGAGCAUUUACUUGAAUGGACAUCAAUGGAAACAGAUCAUUGUCAAUCAACUUCGAAAGCUAAAAAUCUUUCGAUUUCAAAUGACAUUUUCUUUUCCUGACAACAAUACCAACAACAACAAUAUAGAAGAACAAAUAGAUCUACUACUGGAUACAUUUCGAACUCCCUUUUGGCUCAAUGAACAUGGCUGGUUUGUUCGAUGUGAUUGGAAUGCACAAAUCAUUGAUAAUAUAUCUCUCUAUACUGUACCUUAUGCUUUUGAUGCACUCUCUAUUCAUCAUUCUAAACGAUCAAAAUGGACUUGUCCAAAUGAUAACAACUAUUGGUCUUAUAAUUAUGUGAAGAAUUUUUGGUAUGAAAAUGAUUUAUUUCAAGAUUUGAAUCUCUUUCCUGCCCAUUUCCCCAAUAUUCACCAUUUACGAUUACGACUUCCCGUUAACGAUAAUUUCUGGUUUGUCAUUCCUACAUUGCAUAACCUAAUUUCACUCAAUCUUUCAUUGCGUCAAAGUCGGACUAUAACUCAAAUAAAUGCUUUAUUUGAUCUAAUACCUAAUGUUUAUUCAUUGACUAUUGAGCCGUCAUUAUUUUCACGAAUAGCAACAUUAAAAACAAUCAAUAAAUCAAUUCGUCGAUUGAAUCUUUUUGAUCUUUCUGGAUCCUAUUUUGAUAGUGUUCAAUGUUCACUCUUGGCUGAUUCAUUACUUGGAUGUCAAUGUGAAGUUCUUAUUAUUGGUGUUGAACAUCGAACAAAUGCAUACUUUUUGAUCACUCACAUGCCCAAUCUUAGAGUGUUGAUAUUUCGAUGUCGAGAUGAUAAGUGGCAUGAGAAUAGAUCGUCGUCCACGAGAGAUGAGCUUCUUAGUUGGUUAAAGAACCGAUUGCCAUCUACAUGUUCGAUCAGCAAAAACGAAAAAGCUCCUUUCAAAAUUCGAGUAUGGAUUGGCUAA